AGCGGAGCGCCCACCCGGAGAAAAGCCACGCAGGGCACGGGGAGAAGAUGCAAAACUCCACACAGGGAGGGUCUGGGAUCGAACCCGGGACCUCAGAACUGGGAGGCCAACCCACUGUGCCGCAUUUCGCUCGAUUCCCACCCAGGAAAAUUUAGGAGUCGAUUCUGCGAUCCAGGGACCUGUCCACCUUUCUUGGCGCUUGUCGUUCCUCGACGGGACGGGCGGCCAUUCUCCAUCCGCCGCUGUCCCUUUGGGAAACGAGACUUUUUUUUUUUUUUCCAUGUUUUAUGUUUGUUACCUGCCGAGGAAAGUGAGGAAUCCAUUUCGAGGGAGACAUUUAUUGGUCAUUUGUUGGGCGUGUCCGUUCCUCACCGGGAUUUGACAUCCUCUGCGGUUCUUCGUAAUUAGACUGCCGAGGCGUUCCUACGUCAAGCAGCCUUGAAAUGUCACUUUAAGUGUAAUCCGCCUCCGAUGCGGCGAGGCAGCCACAUUUUUUUUUUUUUUUUUUUUUUAAUUUUGCUCAAGGCAGGUAAGGCUAAUUGGGUUUGGGGAAGGAGGAAAGAGUGGGGGUCGCAUUCAGUAAAAGCCUUUAGCGACGGGCUCGCUGGGACAAAAGCAGGCAGCCUACCUUGAGAGCUGCUGAUUACAUCUGAGGAAAAGGAGGCGACCUGAAAGUGACUCCGCGGGUAAACAAGACGCUGCCGUCGUCAAGUUUCGCAGAGCGGGGAGAAGGCGAAGGAGAGAGAGCGGCUUUUAACUUCACUCGGGUUGGGUUUGAGGAGCUUUGCUGAAACUACGGUGGAAUAUUGAAUAUACGAAGCGACAAAAACAAACGACAAGAGGGAUCCAGAGACGACACGAGGGUGACAUUAAAAGCUGCCUUUUCGGAAUGAGGGGGCCACAGGCGGCUGAGAGAGUCCAGAACCUUCCCGCCCUUGGCGAUAUUUCUCUGACAGACAUCAAGACACCUCUGAGUACCCCAGAAAUCGUUUUGUCUGCUACGCUAACCUGUCAGGCGCUUCAGCUUAGCGCCAAAUGCAAGUGCCAAGAGGUGGACGUGGUGAAGAAAGCCAUAUCCGGCUCAAACUGGGGCCCGAGUGCCGAGACGCUCAUCGGAGGGUCCGUCCUAAACUUCUUGGCUCCAGUGUGGUCUCCCUCGCUCAAGCCAUCGCACCCGAAGAAGCUCCAGACUCGGCAGAACGCCGCCUUCCAAGUCACCACCGGCUGCCUGGCCGUGGCUGACAAGGACCGCCUGCAUCGUGAGACUAAAAUCCUACCGAUCUACUGCACUGCCAACUACCCGCGGACCUGUGCCAUCAGGUGUCAAACAAACCACCCACGUCAACCGUGCCUACUUUGCCAUGACAUCCGCAAAUACCGUCAAGAGAUCGACCAAGACAUCCCCACCGACAAGGUGUUCGACGAACAAGCCUACCGAGACGGGCGACGUAGCCCCCUUCGAACGGCGGUCGAAGACGCGGUGGCCGGCUACAGACCGGUCGUCGUCCUCGGUGGCCGCCCAACCCCCGAGGUAGACAAAGGUGGACAAGAUCCAAACUGUCGCAACUCCGCUGGCUCGUACCGACAAUACUAUCGCCAACCUCUGCCCGAAAUGCGGACGGGGCCUUCACGAUACACGACACGUCUUCAGCUGCGCAGAGGCUCCCACCUGGCUGACCGUCACGGACCUGUGGAAACGCCCGAAGGAAGUGGCUGAAUUCCUGGAACUAGGAGUUGACUGAUCGAUUGCCUGGCUACAACAACGACCCGCAUCUGACCUAAACCAGUCGUCUACUUCUCUGGAGUUAACAUCUGAACCAGUUAUAGAGGAAGAAGACCCUCUAUAAUAAUGAUCUGAACCAGUCUUACUCCCAGAAAACAAUGCUUAAACAAGGCACAAUCCACACCUAAACCAGUCUUCGGUUUCCGUUUGCGACUAGCUUCCCUACACCAAGGGAUUGACCGCUUAGCAUCUAAAGACGUGCUGCAACCGAAAAAGUCUUGCUUAUGCCUGGAAACGUCCCACCGCGCCGAACAUUCCCGAGCACUUUUGAUUGGCAGUUACUAGUAACUAGUUGUUGAACACGUGACGGUUCAGUCAGUCAUUUCGGGCGCGCCGGAAAGAACUUAAACCAUCAGAAGACUGGUUGAAGAGGGAAGGCUGGAGUACCAGAAAAUAAAUGAACCAUCGAUUUUAGAAAAUGGGGGCUGUUUAGGUUGUGGUGGAACUGUGCUUAUUAGCUAAGAAGAAGAAAGGUUCAGAUCCAAAAGACUAGUUCAGGUCUUGGUUUUCGGGAAGAAGAAGACUGGC